AUGAGUGCGAGGGCAUUACGAAGAUUAGAACGUCAAAAAUUGGAAAAAGAAUUACUGAGUACGCCUGAGCCCCAAGAUGCGUCUGAUGAUAAAGAAGAGUUUGAACAACCAGCUAAACCAAAAGUGAAUGCCUUUGCGUUACUAAAUGAUCAAGACGAAAGUGAAAAUGAAAGUGAUGAAGAGAUUUCAAGCAAACCAGAGAUUAAAAAAGAUGAAAUCAAACCUGUUAUACUUUUAACAAAGUCGUCAAAAAAACUGAAAAAAAAGAAAGCAAAGAAGAAACAAACUCAGAAGCAAGUUGAUGAAUAUAGUGAUGAUGAAUUUGAUAAAAUCUUACAGGAGAUGAAACAAAAGGAUGAUGAUUCAAAAAGUUCCCUGGAAGUACCUGACUCAAAACUUUUGGAUUCGUAUGAUUUUGAAGCGGAACUAGAUUUGAUUACAGAAUCACAACAAGUUUACGAUUCCAACUUCAAAUAUUUUACGACAAAUAGAUUAAAGAAAUCAUUACCUUUAUUGUCAAUUGGCUCUUUUUCUAAUUUGGAUCAGGAUAAUGAAUAUAAAAAUCUAUUUGGCAAUUUAUCAAUGGAAGCCAUUGAUGAUGCCAAUGCAUCUACCGCAUUAGCUGUUUCACCCGAGGUAUUGCAACAAUUUAAAAGGCUAGCAAGAUUGACCCGUGGUUGGGGUGGUAAAGAUAGAAGAGGAGUUCCUGGAACCACAAGAAAGUUGUUAAUGUCCAAAAUCAAAGAUGACUGGUUACCAACCACCUUGAAACCAAUGAAUAUGGAUGAAAUCCGAGCAGAUGAUUAUGUUAAAUUUUUGGACUACAAGGAAGAAGAAGUUAGCGUAGAAGAGUUACAAAUGAAAGUGAAAAGUGAAGCUGAAUUAGGUGUCAAGUACUUCCAAUUUUCCAAGAUUAACGAUAUCAAGGAAAGAGUAGCUAACACAAGAUUCUACGCCAGUGUUGUCAUGACCCCUGAUCCAGAUUCAUUGAUGCAACUUUUACAGCAAUAUCCAUAUCAUGUUGAAACAUUGUUGCAAGUUGCGAUGGUUUUAUUACGUCAGGGUGAUAAUAAAGCCACCAGUAAUGCAUUGAUUGAACGUGCCUUAUUUGCCUUUGAUCGUUCAUUCCAUAAAAACUUCCAUGAAUUGUUGAGCCAGGCUUCUAAUGGGUUAGUAAGAUUGCCUUACGAAAGGUUUAUGAACCGUCAAUUCCAUUUGUACUUGUUCAGAUACAUUGUAGCCCUUGGUGAAAGAUCUACUUUUUACACUGCAUUGACUUACUGUAAGUUAUUAUUAAGUUUAAACCCUGCUGAAGAUCCCCUUGGGGUUAGAUACUUUAUUGAUUUUUAUGCGAUAAUGAGUGAAGAAUUCAAGUAUUUGGUCCAGUUCACUGAGUCGCCAUUGGUUCAAACAUAUACUAAAUGGCUUACUCCAGGACUUGCAUUUUCAACAGUUUUGGCAUAUUUGAAAUUAAACCAAACCGAUAAAGCACAAGCUGCUUUAGAGAAAGCAUUUGAACACCAUCCAUAUACUGCCUUUAAAUUGUACCAACUCAUAGGUUUAGGUGAUAACUUGGCAAUUUCUGAAUCGUCAUUUAAUGUUACAACCGAGAUACUGAUUGCAACAGAAACCUAUCUAGUCAGAUGUGGAAUCAUGUGGAAUGACCAAAGUCAUAGACAAUUCUUACAUGACGCUUUGCAGAAAUUGUUUGACGGUUGGAAACCCGAUAAGUCAAAAUCAAUAACAUCCUCAUUAUUUGGAUUAUUGGGCUUCUCUGGUGGUGAUACAGUGAAUCAAGAAGUACCAUUUAAUUUAUUAAGAUUUGCAAUUUUAUCUGGUGAAAACAAAAUCAUUGCAAAAUUACCGCAAAAAUUGUUAUCAAGAAAUGACCUUUUCGAAUAUGAUUUGGUUCCACCUAAUAUGGAAAACGAGCAACCUAUGAUUCUUGGUAUGCUUCAACAGAAUACCAAGGUUAUCGAUCAUUUGAUCGAUUAUGUUGAUCAAAAUUUAUUAGGAACCAUUAUUCAAAGUAGAACAGCUGAAGAACAAGACUUUGAUGAAAUUAUAAGAGGUAUCGAAAUGCAGAAUGUGAAUGAUGAUGCUGAAUAA